AUGUAUCGGAAGUUGUCUAAGUUAGAACACUCGGAAAUAAAACAACUUCUUACAGAAGCUAAUAUAGAUGUUGCAAAGCAUUACGCAACAAACAAAAAAGCACUCGCUGACAUCCUCAAUGACUAUAAUGGUGCAAUAAGUUAUGAUAGAAUUCAUGAGUUCAUAAAGCCGCAACGCGGCGAGGACGAAGUCCAUGCAAGAGCAUUUCCUUUAAAUGACGUUGCUAUUGACUUAUAUCAUAGACGUUCAGUACCUCAUGAAGUAAGAAGAGAAAUGUUUGACAUAACAAAUGCAAACGUUGGUGAAACAAGAAGAAGAGACGACACACUGAAACAACAGAGAAAAGAGAUGUUUAAGAGCGCUAUAGAACAAGUUCGCAAAGCUAACGAUGUCCUUCGUUCCAUUGACGACAAACCAAAAGAAGGUGAGAGAUGGUUAAAGAAAGAUGAAGAGAAUAGGAAGAGGAAUGUUAAGACAGGCAAUAGACUCAUUGACUUUAACAUCGAAGCUUUAGAUGAACCAAACAGAGACUACUUACACAAACAUUUCGGUAAGGUUUUCAUGAGACUCUUAGAGAAGAUUAAAAUAAACUCCCAACAAAGAUGGAUGGUAUGUUAUAAACUUGGUGGAAAGUAUGAAUGUUCUACGUUAAACCUCAAUAAUAUUGGAACAUUACUACAUCAGCUCUUGAAGGAGAACUUUAUAUCAGAGAUAGAAGCAAAUGCUGCAGGUAUUGUUGAAAUGCACUAUGACUUCUUCUUGACAAACAUAAAGAAUCUUACUGAAAUAAAGAUGUAUGAUUUAACAGAAUAUGAAGGCUUAACGAUGUCAGAUGUAAAGAAAGGCAAACCAAAAAAGAGACCAUAUAGAGAUGAA